CUCAUAACCCUCAAAAUAUUCCACUGAUUAAAAAAAAAUGAAUGAAACACCAAUUCCGACGUUUUGCGGAAAUUUUAUAUGGUGGCAGCUGUGUCUACAAUUCCUCAACUCCGUUCGAUAGCCUCCCCUGUCGUCGAGCAAAAUAUCCGCAUGCGGGCUUCGUCCUGUUUCCCGAGUGACCGAGUCUAAAUUGCGUUUCUUGCUGGAGUGGACCCUCGGCCGAGAUGUCCAGUGUCCAAACGACAAAGGACAUGUACAAUGCCCGUAGCGGCAAAUACGAAGAUUCCUUUCAUCCCAGACAUGCGCGCGACUUUGUACAAUGGUCAGACAUACAACCUGGGCACUCCGUCCUUGAUCUAGCGUGUGGAACAGGCCUCGUCAGUUUUCCAGCAGUUCAGCAAGUGGGCAGUGACGGAUCAGUCGUUGGAGUCGAUAUAAGUGAGGGAAUGCUUUGGGUAGCGCGGCAGAAGCCGGCUGAUGGCCUCAAUGUCCGAUUUCUUACGGGAGAUAUUCGGAACUUGGACAAAGUUGCUGGAUUGCAACCCGAAAAUGCGAAAGGAUUCGACCGUAUAACCUGCUCGUCUGCUCUUGUGCUGCUGGAUAAUCCGGCACAGGCAAUCAAGCAUUGGACAUCAUAUUUGAAGCCCGGUGGGAAGCUUAUCAUCGAUGUUCCUAGCGAGGACUCUUUAAUAUACGGGUCAAUCAUGGAAAAGGUCGGCAUUAAAUUGAGACGGCCAGUAGCAUAUUACAGGAGCUGGGUUUCUUCGAUAGAGUCACUACCAAAACUGAUGAGAGAAGCAGGACUUGUGAUUGACAACCUGUUCAGGACGGAAAGCUACGAUGGCGAUGACUUCAAGGUCAAAGAAGCAGGAGAAUGGUUUGACUCUGUGAUCGACAAGCCCGCAUUUCGUUGCUUUGAACUUACGGAUACCAUCGACAAAGCGAAAAAAGAAUUUCUCAACGAAGUCAAAAAAUUGUCAAAAGGUGGCGAUACCAUCUACAGUCGAUUAUUCCUAUAUGUAGCUGUGGGGAGAAAGAAAUUGAGCUGAGCAUAGAUAGGGUCCAGGUAUUUCUAUUAAAAAAUGGCGUCGCCGAUAAUUACACGUCUAUAUGGUUUCGUCAUAAGAAUUUCUACAAUUUUGCCGGAAGAGUCUGGCCUUCCCGAGAGCUCUCCUUUGCAAGCUCAAUCAGUUUGAUAAUGUUUCGAGACUGCUCGGGCUUAACCGGAACAUCCCCUUGGCCACUGAGAG